AUGAUAAGGCCUCAUCACAGGCAAACAGGUAAAAGGGCACUUGGAAAAAUCUUACAGACAGUAUUUACUGCUGGGGAUCGUGUGUAUAGGCCGAAAGAAAUUAUAACAGAUAUGGCAGAUAGGUUUCAAAUUGAUAUAUCUUAUGCACAAGUUUGGCGUGCAAAGAAUUGGGCGUUGAACGAAAUUAGAGGUUCACUAGAAGAGUCUUUUAGAUUAUUACCACUAUUUUGUUAUAACCUUCAACAACGAAACCCUAGUACUAUUACACAAAUUGAAACUGACUCAGAUAAUCGAUUUCAAUUUGUUUUCAUAUCUUUAGGAUGCUCUAUUAGAGCAUUCCGUGAGUAUUGUCGUCCUGUUAUUUGUAUUGAUGGAGCAUUUCUGAAAGGUCGAUAUUGGGGUACACUUUUUAUUGCUAUGGGGAAGGACGGAAACAAUCAAAUUUAUCCAAUUGCAUUUGGAGUUGGCGGAAGGGAGGAAACAAUGACUUGGACCUUGUUUCUCCGAGCGUUACACAGAUGUAUCGGCGAUCUCACUAAUCUAGCAAUCAUCUCAGACAGACACCAAGCCAUCACUCAUUCUGUGAGAGAGGUGUUUCCGAAUGCACAUCAUGGCUGGUGUAACCAUCAUAUAAAAGGAAAUAUGCGUGCUCGGUACAAGCAAACAAAACAUAUGGAGGGAUUAUUUUGGAGAGCGGCGAAGGCUUAUCGAACAGAGGAUUUUGAAGAGGCUUUGUAUAUGAUUAAAGCUGAAAACCCUACUGCAGCUGCUUAUUUAGAAGGGAUCGACUACGCACGGUGGGCUCGUGCUUACUCUUCUGGCAUCCGAUAUAACAUUAUGACCACAAAUAUUACUGAAUCGUUUAAUGCUUUAGCAUGA